GCUUGUUAUUUUGGGGAAAUAAAUUAUUUAUUAUUAUUAUUUAUAAACGCGUAUUCGAUAAAUAAUUAUUAAGUAUCGAUGGUUAUACUAAUCGAUACAAAAACCGGUUGCGCUUAUCGCCCUUCUCAUUAAACUUCCGGUUUUGUAGUAGAUUGACGCUUAAAUAACGCUUUUAUUUGGAAAGUAGUAAACACAAGGCGAGAAGAAAUAGUCUAAAUCAAUUUCGCUUGAAAUAUGGAUUCAGUGGGGAAUGCAAGGAAAUGGCCAUUGGAAAAGUAUUGUAGAUGGGAAAGAGAUACUAAAAUGUGGAUGGACUUAUCAACUGAAAAAGGGAACUGUUGGCUUCUUUUACAGGGACUCGAGAUUUUGGUUAUAAACAAAGAAACUGCUGUUGAAUCUGUGUGCCUCACUAGUUCUGAUGUCGAGGCUUUCUACAACAGAUGUCAUCUUGGAAUAGCCAUCAAACAUAAGGAUUCAGUGUCAAAAUUCAGAAUAACCUUUGGAGAUACUGUUGAAAGAACAAAGUAUGAUAAUUGUCUAGAAGCUGUUGGGGAAUUGAGAAAAUUCAUACCUGUCACUCAACAUAAAAGUUCAGGAGGAAAAGGAGUUCAACCAAAACCAAACGAAGAAAUGUCAAAGACAUUAAAUCAAGUAAUUAAGGAACUCUUACAGACACAGUCUAAUGUCUCCAAAGACACAGAUCUAGUUCUAUCAGAAGAAAAUAUUGGCAAGAUGAUACAACAAUGUCUUUUGGAUCCCAAUUUUCCAGCCCAUGUAGCCAAAGUUGAAGAAAUAUUGAGUAACAGAAUUGGAGACGAGGAUUAGUAGUUAUUAAGUUAUAGUGUCAACAAACAUAAAUUACAUACUUUAAAUACAUACAGUUAAGAAUUCCACUUGUUCCAA